AUGACAGCUCAUUCGAAUCCCCGCCGCUUGAUCUUUGUGUUGUUGGCGCUGGCAUCCAAUGCUGCUGCCUUUGUUCCAUCGUCGUCUUCUCUUGGCCAGCGUUCCCAUGGUGCAGUAGUAGACGGCGUCGUGAGACUCUACCAAUCAUCCCGUACUAUCGACGGCUUGACGGGUCCUGAUUUUGCUGCGCCCGAAGCUGUCGACUUUAGCAUGGACCGUGUUGGUUUGAACCCCAAUCUCCCUGUGAAAAGCAUCGAGCACAUUCGGAAUCCACGGGAAUUUACGCCCUUUCAGCAAUUUGCGCGAGUGGCUCCCGUGGUGACACUGGUGGCAUACGGCUUAAAUCCGGCGCCAUUCGAUGGGUUUGUCCAGACCGUAUGGGAUGGCAUGUUGAGUUGGGAUAUCGCCCACACGCGAUUGUUUGAAGCCCAUGUGGCUGCCUUUUCCUUUGUCUUUUUCAUUGCGGCCUUUUCGGUAACGCAUUUGAUUAUGGGGGAUGGCGAAGCCAAGAAAUGGAGAUUGGAUGGAGACUCUCCCAAAGUCAGUCCCCUCGAAUGGACCACACCGGAAAACUUUCAACUUUGGUUCAACCCGUUGGUUUCCUACCUGGGAUCCAUCUGGAUCUACCAACAAGUCUUUCACUCCUACAACCCACCACCGCUCUUGGCACCAACCUUUGGAGCAUUGGUCAUUGAAGUUGCCUUUGGAGUCUUCCUAUACGAUCUAUUCUUUGCACCCAUUCACAUUUUCAUGCACAAGGGACCCUUGAAAGAAAUCAAAGCCGUCCACGGAUACCAUCAUCGACACACGCAGGGAGCACUCAACCCGGUGGAAACGGUGCAACAUUCCUACAUUGAUGGGACACUGCAAGUCAUGUGCAACAUUAUGGUACAACACAUUAGUCCCUUUGGUGGUCCCAAGCACGUGCUGAGUCGACUCAUCCACAACGUAUUGGUCACCUACAUGCUGGCAGAAGCACAUUCGGGGUACAACCUGCCGUGGAUGUCACACAACAUUUGGCCCGAAUUCCUGGGGGGAUCACCGCGUCACGAACGCCAUCACAAGGACGGACGAGUCUACUAUCAACAAUUCUUUACCUACAUGGAUGACCUGUUAGGGUCCAAUGAUCAAGAUGUCCAGCAGAGUCUAGCGGCAAAGCAGCAGCAGCAGCAGCAGAAAACAGAGGCUACAAUCAAAGAAUCGGAUGCGGAUGCAGCAGCCGAAGUUGUCGUCGCAAAGGAAAGCACCAUUCAGAUUUAG